CACUACACAUUGCUCGGCGUGCCCACCUCGGCAAGCCAUAGCGACAUUAAAAAGGCGUUCUACAAAAGCAGCAUGAAAUGGCACCCAGACCGAAACCAAGGAUCGAACAACGCACACCAAAAGUUCCUCAAAAUCAACGAAGCCUAUUCGAUACUGGGCAACGAGCAGAGCCGGCGGGCUUACGAC